AUUGUUUGUCGUUACUAUUUGAAUGCUAAAAAGAUGCUUCAUGGAAGCCUCUAGAAGGUCUUCUUCUAUACUCCACUACAAGAAAAAACAAAUAAGACAGUAACUAAGUACUUUCUGAAUCAUUGUUGAAACAGGAAUGGGGAGAAGAACCAGGUGCUUCUUAGACAUUAGCAUAGGAGAAGAACUUGAGGGAAGAAUAUUGGUAGAGCUUUACAACGAUAUUGUACCCAAAACUGCUGAGAAUUUCAGAGCUCUAUGCACUGGUGAAAAAGGUAUUGGUCCCAAUACUAGGCUGCCUCUCCAUUUUAAGGGAACUUGCUUUCAUCGGAUUCUUAAAGGCUCUAUGAUCGAAGGAGGUGAUAUAUCUGCCGGAGACGGGACGGGAGGAGAAUCUAUAUAUGGACUCAAGUUUGAAGAUGAAAAUUUUGAAAUGAAGCAUGAAAGGAAAGGGAUGUUAUCGAUGGCAAACACCGGUCCUGAUACAAAUGGCUCUCAGUUUUUUAUCUCUACUACCCGAACGCCUCAUCUAGACGGUAAGCAUGUUGUAUUUGGGAAAAUAGUUAAAGGAAUGGGCGUAGUCCGUUCGAUUGAGCACGUUACGACCGGAGACGAGGACCGUCCUGUUCCUGAUGUUAGAAUUGUGGAUUGUGGAGAAAUUCCUGAAGGAGAUGAUGAUGGUAUAACUAACUUUUUUAAAGACGGCGAUACUUAUCCCGAUUGGCCAGCAGACCUUGCCGAGACUCCUAGUGAACUUGAAUGGUGGUUGAAAUCUGUUAACGCAAUCAAAGCUUUUGGUAAUGAGUAUUACAAGAAACAAGACUACAAAAUGGCUCUAAGAAAGUAUCGAAAGGCUUUACGUUACCUGGAUAUUUGUUGGGAGAAGGAAGGGAUUGACGAAGAGAAAAGUUCAUUUUUGAGAAAAACAAAAUCUCAGAUAUUUACAAACAACUCUGCUUGUAAAUUGAAAUUAGGCGAUAUUAAAGGAGCGUUGUUGGACACAGAAUUUGCGAUGCGUGAAGGUAAUAAUAAUGCCAAAGCUUUAUUCCGCCAAGGACAGGCAUACAUGGUACUCCACGACAUUGAUGCUGCAGUUGAAAGCUUUAAAAAGGCACUGACCUUGGAACCAAAUGAUGCUGGAAUAAAAAAGGAACUCGCUGCUGUGAGGAAGAAGAUUUUGGAUAGGACUGAUCUAGAGAAAAAAGCAUAUAGUAAGAUGUUCCAAAAACACAAAGGUUUGUGUUGAACAAUGAUAUCAUUGCAGCAUACAAAUAUAUACAAAAAGAUAAAAGUAUUGAGAGAAUGAGGCUGAGAUUAAAUAGGUGAAUAAAUGAAACUUUAAACCAACAAUUUUGUCAACUUUUUUCUUUUACUGUGAUCAUUUUAUUAGGUGGUGAUUCUAGUCAUUGAAAUGCAAUUUUGUUGAUAGACCACAGACAUUAAACUUUGUAAUUUUGAUAUUUAUUAUUGAGAAUUUACACUCAGGGUGUAAUGUUGUGUAUGGUUAGAAACCCUACAAUAAUCAUUUAUUGUCGUUUUUAAGUUUUAA